UAAACAACUCAGGAGCGAACUGUACUUCAGUUCCUCAGUUCUACAUUUUUGCAGAAGCAGAAACACAGCUCUUAACUUUUUUUAAGCAUUGCUGACAAGAGUUAACUUUUUCUCCUACCAUGUAUAACUAUAGAAUAGCAUCAACACGUGAAGAUGUAAUAAAUUAGACAUCUCUUCAUUUUAGAGAAAGAAGAUGGAAACCUCAUUAAUUUUCUUUUCUCAAUUAAAUAUGUGCGAAUCAAGAGAAAAAACUAUUUUCAAGUUAAUACAUGGUUCAGGAAAAGAAGAAACGAGCAAAGAAGCCAAACUCAGAGCUAAGGAAAAAAGAAACAGGCUAAGUCUUCUCCUGCAGAAACCUGAGUUUCAUGAAGAGACCCCCUCCAGUAGAUCUGGGCAGUUAGCCAAAGAAACAAGAGUCUCCCCUGAAGAGGCAGUGACAUGGGGUGAAUCAUUUGACAAACUGCUCUCCCAUAAAGGUGGACUGGAGACUUUUACCAGAUUUCUUAAAACUGAAUUCAGUGAGGAAAAUAUUGAAUUUUGGAUAGCUUGUGAAGAUUUCAAGAAAAGCAAAGACCCUCAACAAAUUAUCCUUAAUGCAAAAGAAAUAUAUGAGAAAUUUAUACGCAAUGAUGCUCCACAAGAGGUUAACCUUGAUUUCCACACCAAAGAAAUCAUUGCGAAGGGUAUCACCCAACCCACCCUCCACAGUUUUGAUGCUGCACAAAGCAGAGUGUAUCAGCUUAUGGAACAAGACAGUUACACACGUUUUCUGAAAUCUGACAUCUAUUUAGACUUGAUAGAAGGAAGACCUCAGAGACCAACAAAUCUUAGAAGACGAUCACGUUCAUUUACCUACAAUGAAUUCCAGGAUGUAAAGUCAGAUGUUGCCAUUUGGUUAUAAAGAACAUUAAUUUUGCUUAUUUUGAUGGCAAAUUGUACAUCAGCUUCUAAGAUAUAACAUGUUUAUGUUAACAAAUGGGUACAUCUUUUAAAGUAAAAUGUGUCAUGUGAAAGGAUUUUAAAAAUGUAAAUCAAAAUUUUUAUUCUAACAAAAUGUACUGUAUCUGCCAAUAUAGUCUGUAAAACUUUCCAUUUGACUUCACUCCAUUCAUAAUCAAAAAAACUUAUUACUUAAUUAAAACGCAGCAAAGAAGUAAUAACAAUGUUUUAUAAGAUUGUAAAGUUAAGGUUAAGCUUUUGUAAAAUUGUCAAUAGUUUGACCAAAUAUCUAGUUUGGACGUUUUUCUAGAUAUAAACUACAUAAUACUCAGAUAUCCUUAUAUUCUGACAAUAUUUUUCAUAAUGAUGAAGACUCUCUCUAUCUCAGUUUUAGAGAGUAUAGAAGUGAUCCAGUUCUUACAAUGGGAGAGGACAAUCGUUUGUUCUUAGAUUACUACCCCUGGCUAUACCCCUAACUUCUGGUUCUAAGCCAGCAACAGGAACUUUGGGGAGAACACAUCCAUCUCUACAGAACUUGCAGGUUAAGCAUGACCCAGGUUGAUAAUUGAGAAUGCAAUCCACAUUUAGGUUCAUUCCUAAGUGAGCAUGGACUCACCCAGUUACAUGGAGCUCACUUCUGCUGGUCACAGAAACAUGACCAGAUGUGUAUAGCUCCACGUUGGGACUGCGAGGAGCAUCCUCUCACCUGUAAAGAGAACUUGCUACUAAUAUAGGCACAGUCAGUCAUUUGAAUGGCAGCCAGAGGAGGUUUAUCCCAGGAGUAAUUAGCCCUCAUUUUUGGACUUUUGGGAUUGGGGCAAAAAUUAGAAACAAGAGGAGGUAAAGAAGCAAGGAGUUCAAGGUUCUGGAGACUCAGGCAUCUGCCACAUUGGCUCAUAUUCAGAAAAUGUUCCUCCCUGGAUCACAGUCUCCUUCCAACUCUUAUGGAAUCACUUAAUACUACGUUAUUCAAAUAAGAUUAUGCUAAUAAGUAUAUACAUCUCUACUUUAGGGAAAUAUUUAAUUUUAGAUGUGUGUUGCAUGGUCUGUAAAUGUCUAUAUUUAAAGAGCCAUUCAUUUGACUUUGGCAAACAUUAUUUUAGUUGAAAUGUAAAAUAUAAAAACCUUAGAUCACUUAUAGUAAUAAAUAUUUUAAUUUCUCCAUUCA